AUGACCCUGUCAACCGCCUCAAUCUCCAGUGAACAGAAAAAUGCUCAGCUUCCAAUAAACCUCGUGCCGUAUAGGCUCAGCAUCAAUGAACUCGAAAGACUUUUUUCAACCGACCGUGCCAAUGGGUUAACCUCCAGCAAAGCCAAAGACCUCUUGGUCAAAUAUGGUGCCAACAACUUGGGCGAGGGUGCCUCGAUAUCCUUGGUCGGGAUUUUCAUCCACCAAGCAUGUAAUGCCAUGGUUAUGGUGUUGAUAAUCUCCAUGGUGAUCUCUCUUGCCAUGAAGGAUUGGAUUUCCGGAGGUGUAAUUGCAUUUGUGGUAUUUGUCAACAUCUUUGUUGGUUGCAUCCAGGAAUACAACGCCGAAAAGACAAUGUCCUCUCUCAAGUCUUUGUCUUCUCCGACCGCUAGAGUCAUCAGAGACGGCGAAGACCAGACUAUCCCGGCCGAAGAAGUCGUACCAGGUGACGUGUGUAUUGUUCAAGUUGGUGAUACCAUCCCCGCAGAUCUCCGUUUGUUUGACUGCAUGAACUUGGAGACGGACGAAGCCUUGUUGACCGGAGAAUCCUUGCCAAUCGCUAAGAUGCACAAGGAGGUCUAUAACGAGGAAAUCCCCGUAGGAGACCGUUUGAAUAUGGCGUACUCCUCUUCCACCGUCUCCAAGGGCCGUGGUACUGGGAUUGUCGUGUGCACCGGGUUGCAAACUGAAAUCGGCGCGAUCGCCCUGUCGUUACAGGAGAAGACGAGCCAUGUGCGUAGCGUGGAGGUUGACGAGCACGGCAACAAAUCUGGUUACUCCAGAGCUAUCUUUGGCACCAUCAAGGAUGUUGUGGGCGCUUUUCUUGGUACCUCUACCGGAACCCCGCUCCUGCGUAAACUUUCGGUGUUGGCCUGUGGCUUAUUCUGUAUCGCAGUGGUGUUUGCCAUAGUGGUUAUGGCCGCUCAGAAGUUCCACGUCACCUCGGAGGUGGGUAUCUACGCUAUUUGUGUAGCAUUAUCCAUGAUUCCAUCGUCCUUGGUGGUGGUGUUGACCAUUACCAUGGCCGUGGGCGCCAAGAUCAUGGCUUCCCGUAACGUUAUCGUCAGGAAGUUGGACUCCUUGGAAGCUUUGGGUGCUGUCAACGAUAUUUGUUCCGACAAGACUGGUACUUUAACCCAGGGCAAGAUGAUUGCCAGAAGUGUCUGGAUCCCUACCGUGGGUACCUACACCGUUCACGAAUCCAACGAGCCUUUCAACCCCACUGUGGGUAGCAUCAAGUUUAUUGAUGCCGCCCCCGCCGAGGUCAUGAACAGCGAAAAUGAUACCAUCACUUUUACCGCUGUUCCAACGCCAAACCCUCCACAUUUCCAACAAUGGUUGGAAACUGCCACCUUGGCCAACAUUGCCACGGUAUUCACCAGUCUUGACGAAGACGGCCAGGAAACCUGGAAGGCCCACGGUGACCCUACUGAGAUUGCCAUCCAGGUUUUCACCACCAGAAUGGACUUUCCCAGAUUAAAGUUAACUGAGGGCGACGAUUCCCAGUUUACCCAUUUGGCAGAAUUCCCGUUUGACUCCUCUAUCAAACGUAUGACCGCUGUUUACAAAGGUCUUGACGAAACCACCGUCUUCACCAAGGGCGCCGUCGAACGUGUGUUGGAGUGUUGUGACACUUGGUACGGAAAUAGCGGCUCCAACGAGACCCCUCAAAAGCUCACCGACGACGACAAGGCUUUUAUCGAAGAAAAUAUGAACGCCUUGUCGUCCGAAGGGCUCCGUGUGUUGGCCUUUUCCAGACGCGCCACUACCCCUGCCGAGGCCUCCAUGAACUGGGCCGGGAAGGUUGACAGAGCUGAUGUCGAAAAGAACUUGACUUUCCUCGGCUUGGUGGGUAUCUACGACCCACCGCGUCGUGAAACUGCAGGUGCCGUUAAGCAGUGCCACAAGGCGGGGAUUAACGUCCACAUGUUAACCGGCGACCAUCCUGGUACCGCCAAGGCUAUCGCCCAAGAAGUUGGAAUUUUGCCUCGUAACUUGCACAACUACGCCGAUGACGUGGUCAAGAUCAUGGUCAUGGCCGCUCCGGAUUUUGACAAGCUUUCUGAUGCAGAGGUUGACGCCUUGCCGGUGUUGCCAUUGGUUAUUGCCAGAUGUGCUCCUCAGACCAAGGUGAGAAUGAUCGAUGCCUUGCACAGACGCAAGAAGUUCUGCGCCAUGACCGGUGACGGUGUCAACGAUUCUCCGUCGUUGAAGAAGGCUGAUAUUGGUAUUGCCAUGGGUAUCACCGGAUCCGACGUGGCCAAGGAUGCCAGUGACAUUGUUCUUUCGGACGAUAACUUUGCCUCCAUCUUGAAUGCCAUCGAGGAAGGUCGCCGUAUGGCUGCCAAUAUCCAAAAGUUUGUGUUGCAGUUGUUGGCCGAGAACGUUGCCCAGGCGUUGUACUUAAUGAUUGGUUUGGUGUUCAUGGACGAGGACGGCUACUCUGUGUUUCCAUUGUCUCCUGUGGAAGUCUUGUGGAUUAUUGUCAUCACCUCUUGUUUCCCGGCCAUGGGUUUGGGUAAGGAGGCCGCGGCCGAUAAUGUCUUGGAAGUUCCACCUACUUCCAGUAUUUUUUCCUGGGAAGUGAUUAUUGAUAUGUUUGCCUAUGGUACCUGGAUGGCUGCCUGCUGCUUGUGUACCUUCAUCAUUAUUGUCUACGGCAAGGGUGAUGGUAAUUUGGGUAUAAGCUGUAACUCCACCUCCGGUGAAUUCUGUGACACCGUGUUCAAAGCCAGGUCUGGUUCCUUUGCCACCAUGACCUGGUGUGCGUUGGUGUUGGCCUGGGAAUGUAUUGACAUGCGUUUAUCCUUGUUCAAAAUGCACCCAGAAAGUGAAACCCCGUACACUCAGUUUUUCAAGGAUGUCUGGAAGAACCAGUUUUUGUUUUGGUCUGUCAUUGGUGGUUUCGUUUCGGUUUUCCCUGUUGUCUACAUUCCUGUCAUCAACGAUAAGGUGUUCUUGCACGCCCCAAUCAGCUGGGAAUGGGGCUUGGCCAUGGCCUUUACCGUCCUCUUCUGGGCUGGUGCCGAGUUCUACAAGUGGAUGAAGAGGAUCUUUUUCAGAAAGAGGGCUUAUUUGGAUGCUGUUAAUAACCCAGAGAAAGACUUGGAGAGAAAAUCGCCGUUUGAAACGUACAAGUCUUUCUCGAGGUCCAACACCAUGAACGUUUAG